GUGGCAGGGAAUAUGGGCGAUGCCGACUAGAUCGUUAGUCCCCUCUUGCCGCGACCUCCCGAGAGCCUCAGAGUAACGACCUCUCUGGAGGCAAUGGCACAAGAUGCGCGCGAUUUGCUUUCUCGGCUCAGAGACCGUGAAAAUUCCGGUCAGGACCCUCCGUUAAGCCAGCCUCCUUCGAUGCCAGACGAGGUUUCUGCGCACUCCGCCGAUUCCGGAUCCAACAGCGACAACAAAUCCCCUGGGCAUGGUACGUCAGACUCCUCGACAGUGCUCUCACGCCCUGCGGAGUUUCUCAUCACUGCAAAUGGCAAUCGCCAUCCAAACUCGCCGUUCUAUGUUCGCACGCUCCCAGCGUGGAUCCGGCCGGUCGAGCAUGGUGUAGAUGAUGAAAACGAAUCGACGGCUACAGACCGCUUGUUACCUUCUCAACCCAAUGGUGCUGUCGUUGCUCAUCAUAACCAUUCACCUUCCGCGAUAUUGAACCCGCAAUAUGAGCACCUACGAGGAGAAAGUAUCGAUACCACACCGUUCAAAUCACGCGCUGAAUCGCGAUGGAAGACGUUCUCCCGAUCGAUUGCUUAUCCCCGUCAGGACGGCAUGGAAGAGAAGAUCGUGACUCCGGAAUGGAUGAAUGAAAAUCACGGUGACUAUAGACAACCCUGGCGGGGACAGCUUCCGGGAGGAGCAGACGAUGAAGACCCGCUGAAAGCCAAGCGACGGCGAGAGCUCUGGUUUAAGCGACUCCACACAUCGUUGCUGCGGAGCCCCGUGGUGCCUCUGAUCCUGCGUCUCACCGUAUGGUUCUUUUCUCUCAUGGCCCUGGCUCUUGGUGCAUCGAUCCAGCAUCUUUCACAUGAUGUUAAGCAUAUGCAGGGUGGCUCUGCGCUGAUGGCAAUCAUUGUCGAUGCAGUCGCCUUGGUCUAUCUUAUUUAUAUCACAUGGGAUGAAUACACGUCCAAACCAUUAGGUUUACGCUCCCCCAGAGCUAAAGCGCGACUCGUCCUUUUGGAUAUUUUCUUCAUUGUCUUCGACUCUGCGAACCUCAGUCUUGCCUUUGACUCUCUUACUGCCGUGGAGGGCUCAUGCACGUCCACAGAGAUCAACUCCAAAAUUGACCCUAGGAACGAUGCCAUUUGCAACCGACAAAAGGCCCUCGCCUCAGUCCUACUCAUCGCACUGCUGGCUUGGCUAAUGACGUUCUCAAUUAGUAUUCUCAGACUCGUCGAGAGAGUCUCAUCAUAAUAUUUGGACUUCUUCUCGAGCUAUUUAGUCGCAUC